AUGCAGUCGGGCCCCAGAGUCCCCAACCAGCCCCCGGUCAAGAUCUACAAUGCAGUCUACUCGUCGGUACAGGUCUACGAAUGCAUGGUCCGGGGAAUUGCAGUGAUGCGUAGGCGAAACGAUUCCUACGUGAAUGCCACCCAAAUUCUGAAAGUCGCGGGCGUCGACAAAGGGCGCAGAACGAAGAUUCUCGAGAAGGAAAUACUCCCAGGCAAGCACGAAAUCGUCCAAGGUGGCUACGGCAAGUACCAAGGGACCUGGAUCCCCCUGGAACGGGGGAGAGACAUUGCGUUGCAAUACGGUGUAGCGCCACUCCUAUCACCUCUGUUCGAUUUCACACCGAGCACAAAUUCACUCAACUCUCUAAGUUCACUCGGCGUCGGCGGCGGAGCAGGGUCAGCAUCACCGCGUCCCCUCUCCGCGUCUUCUUCCUUCUCUAGCAUCGGUGCCCAGGGGGGAUACCUCAACAACGUCCCUUCCACUCUUGCGCCGCCCCCGAUUAUGCCGGGCUCCGCCUUGCGCCUGCUGAACCAAGGCCGAGCGCAAGGUCUCUUUACGCCGUCUACAUCAGGCAUCAAUGCAGCGCGUUCCUUCCACAACUUCUCGCACCCCCCUCCAUCGCAGACUCCCCCACCGCCCACAAACUCUCUAAAGCGAAAUCGCUCCGACACCGAUGUGGAGAGCAUGCACGUCAAAUCUGCAUCCCAACCACCUACCCUGGAACCUCCACCCGAAAUAGUCAUGUCAGACGCCUCUCGACCUUCCUCUGCCCCCGCUCAAGCCAACGGGGACACCGACGGACCAUCCCCGACGAAACGCGCUCGAACCGAUGCGACAAUCCCGGCCGCUCAGCAACCUCUCCCUCUAUCGUGGCAAGUCCCUAUACGAGACCGUGCGCUCACGCCCGUCGACCACUCAACACCACAACCGACUUCGAACGGUAACUCGCUUCCUACGAACGGCAAAGCUUCUGUGUCAAGUCCGACCCUAGAGGUCUACGACACGCGCUUCUCAACUAAACCUUAUAUUCCACGUAACAUGCACCCCACUGCUCCACUGAAAGACAACCGACGCAUUGCUGUGGUCAACUCGCUCUAUCAAAGGGACGAUCCAACAGAAAUCAUUCGUCUCCUCGAACAGGUGACCCCAGAUACGCCUGGUUUGAAUGUCGAUCUUGAUGUCAUUCUUGAUGAACACGGGCAUACAGCGCUCCAUCUCGCGGCGAGCCUGGCCCGUCUAGAGGUGGUUCAGAGACUCAUCUCUGCAGGCGCCGAUAUACACAGAGGCAACCACCUAGGAGAGACCCCAUUGAUCCGCGCGUGCCUUGCAACACAUAACUCUGACCAACAAACCUUCGACCGCAUAGUCGCGGAAUUGCACGCUUCCAUUCGAACCCUGGACACUUCAAAGAAGUCCGUUGUACAUCACAUUGUCUCUGUCGCGGGAGUCAAAGGACGGGCCAUCGCUGCCCGAUAUUAUCUAGAUCAAAUUUUCUAUUGGAUAGCUAAUCACCAAGGUGGUGAUUUCCGAUCGCUGGUUGACUUGCAAGACGAACACGGCGAUACUGCAUUGAACAUUGCCGCUCGCGUAGGCAGCCGAGGGCUCGUACGCACUCUCUUGGACGUCGGUGCCAACCGAAGUUUAACAAACAAAUUGGGAUUACGACCAGGUGACUUUGGUGUUGAGACUGAGGAACUGAAUGCUGGCCCACGCGCGGAUGAUAUAUUGAAUUCUCUACGCUCAGGCCCGUCUGCGCCAGUGCAGAAAAGCCGAGAUGUAAUUGCAGAUAUGACUACAAUGAUUCAAGGCCUCAGCGCCGAAUUCCAAGGCGAGAUCAAAGCUAAACAAGACGCCCUCGAUGUCACCACCGUCCACCUCCGCGCGGCAACCCGUGAACUCUCUGAACAACGCAAACACAUGCAGCACUGGCAGAGUCGGUUGGGAGAGUUAUCCCAGGUUACUCAACGCAUUCGCAACGUCGAGAAAGCCACGGCGGACGAGGAUAAUUUCGAUUGGACUGGACGCACGGAUAUCAAUGGGGAAGAUGCAAGGGCGACGGCUGGUCCGUCCUUCCAAUGGCGCGGACCAGGAUCGACUAUGAUUGGACACGGGAGCGCGUUGGAGGUACCCUUCAACGUAGAUCCGGAACCUCCUGUGCCGACGACUGAUUCUGUGGCCAACUUGAUUCGGCUGAGAAGGAUGAAACUAUGGCACGCAAGAGUGGAGGAUAUGAUGCUGGCUAGGCUGAAGGGCCUGCAAGGUGCAAGUGCGGAGAAGGAGUUCAUGUGCAAGAAGAUAGUUGCCCUAUGUACGGGGAUACCAGUGGACAAAGUAGAAAGUAUGCUUGAAAAUCUCGUAGUAGCCUUGGAAAGUGAAUCAUCCAUGUCCGAUAUCGGGCGUAUAUCCGGUUUUAUGCAGAAAGUUCGCGAUGGGAUAAUUUAG